ACUAUUUUAAAUAAGUACAGACUCACUAAUUGUAGGUCAGUUCUGCAGAUCAGCGUUCUGCAUUGCGAGGUUUGAAGUUUGUCGGGGUCGAUAUAUUUUGUACGAUAUAGACUUUUUGGAGCGGAACAUCCCUGCGUGAUUUUACCCCUGAAAAUAACUGGAGUGGAUUGCUUAAACUUAAGCGCUCAGCAUGCCUCGGUCAUUCCUGGUAAAGAAGUAUUUCACCAGCAAGAGGCCAAACUACAGCGAGUUGGAAUGUCAAAAUGAUACCUUGCCAGACAGAUACCCACUGGCAGAACUUCCACCAGUGAACAAUGACAUUCCUGUGACUUGUCUGACCACCGGAUUGGUUUGGGACGUCAGCUUGCUACCUUCCCUACAUGACCCAUCGUCCCCAACCACCCUCUCUACAAGCCAGGGCCCAUUGGACCUCAGCUCUCCUUCCAGUGUCAGCUGCAGCAGCAGCGGGGAAGAAGAUGAAGGACGCACGUCAGACCCACCGAGCCCAGAUUCCUCGGACACGUACCAUCCCCAACAGACCAGCAGGCCUAGGCGCAGCAAUAAGAAUAGGGCAGGGCAGAGGGACGACAAAAGCGAACCCCCCGUCCCUGCCACACGGCCAGCAUUCUUCUGUAAGCACUGUCCUAAAGAAUACAACAGCCUUGGCGCUCUGAAGAUGCACAUUCGCUCACACACACUACCCUGUGUCUGUCCCACCUGUGGAAAGGCCUUCUCACGGCCAUGGCUUUUAAGAGGACACAUUCGCACACAUACAGGUGAGCGUCCAUUUUCUUGUCCGCACUGUAACCGUGCCUUCGCUGACCGAUCGAACCUGCGGGCGCACCUGCAAACCCACGCAGAUGUCAAGAAGUACCAGUGCGGCACCUGUUCUCGCACCUUCAGCCGAAUGUCCCUGCUGCAGAAACACACCGCAGCCGGCUGCUGUCCUUCCACAGCCUGAGCCAUUUUAUGAAAGAAAGCGGAAGAGCAGCCUUUCUGUGUUUCCAGGAGGUGAUAAUUCAGGACCUUGAGAAAUAAUAAUAAAGACUGUUUGUUUCUUCUCGACAACAACGACUUAAUACGGGACCGGAGAGGCAAAACACAACUGAAACAUUCGAGCUGACUUUUUAAAAACAACAUGGUUGAUACUUUUCCCAUUGCCACAUGGUUUUCUCUUAAGCCAAAAUACUACAAAUGAAGGAAUAUGAAUGUGUUUAAGUAUAAAAGCUGUUUUUUGGUGGCGUGCAGUGUAGGAGUCCUCAACCACGGACAGCUGCUGACAGGUUGGGGGUGGGCUCACUAUGGUGGGGUAUGUCUCUCAGCGUGACGCACACACACUCAAACAUUUGCACACAGACAGACAGCUGUUCUGUGGUGCGGAGGCAGUGUGCUAACAGGUGUCCUGGCCCUGACCGGCACAUCUUCGAUAACAGGUGGCGUCUGCCCAUUUCUCUAGAAACACACUCUGGGAGAGGCGUAGGAGAUCAGUUUGUGCCCUGUUUUUUAAGUGGGUUUUAGUUGGUUGUAACCUGCAUGUGCAAAAUUUGCCUUGAUGUCGACACUUAUUUUUACUGAAGCCUGUGCCUUUCACCACAUGUACCACUCUCUCUCUUUCUUUUCUUUAUCACUUUUUUUUGUAUCAGGGGACAACGUUUUAAAAUGCACUCCAGUUUACCAAAGAGUAUUGAUGUCCUGUGGUUUUAUAUUAUUAAAAACACGACCGGACAAUUGGAAGCAAAGCCAUGUUUUGUAAUUUAAAGCUGUAAUACCUCAAUGUUUUUUUCUAGCAAUGAGAUGCAACACUUCUGUAUUUUACCUUCACAGUACAUAACCAGCGAUAUUUUCAUAUUCUAUUCACUCCGCGUGCGGACAUGUCGAAUUUUAUGUGGCUUUUUAUUGACAUCAAAAACUGUGCAUGAAUUUUUUUCUUAAAAUUGAGUUUGGUGCAAUUUUUUUACCUCUUUUAUUUUUAGCGUACACUUUUUCGUAUUUCAUGUCUCUUUGUAUUCGUCCAAACAUUUUCAUCCAAUAAAGUAAUU